UCGGGUCAGGAGGACGUACGGACGUUCGUAAUGGACGUACAGAAAAGGAAGUAUAAAAAGAUAGAGAGAAGGAAGAAAACUACGUCGAACGGUUUCUAAAUGAUGGGCCGUUAAAGACCGUAUACGAAAGUACUGGAAUACCAAGUCUUUUCUCUUUCUCCCUCUCUCUUUCUACAAGUCGACCACCCAAGGUCGAAAAGGGACCGGACUGUCCUUUCGAUACUGUAAGGGCGACUGACCUCCUCCUCAAGUGAAAGGUGUCUCUUUGAAACAUCUUGUAUAUAUAUAUAGGCUAAAAAAAAAUACAAACAAAAAAUUAAACAAAUGGAUCAGUUUGAAUUGUGUUAACGAUACCGAGUCCCCUAUUAGUCGCCUUUUACGACAAGCAGAGGAUACUGUGGGUAUAUUCUACCCCCAACCCACAGAGGGAGGAAGGGGAUAAAUAAUUAAAUAUAUUUUAAGUGAAAUGAUUCUAUUUCUAUAGACUGUAUGAUAAGAAUCAAGAAGACGACAGUUUUGCAUAGAUGGAUCGUUCGAUUUCGCCUAUCACGGAAGAGACUCGAACAAAAAAUGAGAAUCGUCUCGUCAAGGUCGAUAAUCCUGGCACGAGGAAUGGCAAUAAACUUAUCGUUAUGUAGUUUCUUUUUUUUCUCCCCUCGAGCAUUCUCCGCUGCUCCCUCGUGUCUCCUAAUCUGAAGACAAGGGUAGGAAAAAAUGAUAUCCCUCCCUGCGCAAAGCGGUCUUACGCUACAUUUUUCUUUCUGAAAAACCAGUCGUGUUCAGCGCGCAACGGCUACGGCUGCAACCGCUUGCAACCACUGCUAGAAGAGACAAGAUUGCAUUCCGAUGCAAGACUCCUGUGGUAUCUCGAGGCGAACAAGGACAACAACGAUUCGCUAAACGAUUUCGCUUUAAACCAACCUUUUACAAAACGCGAAGUAGUUACUUUCCAUUUAAUUUUGUUAGGACAUAUAGCAUCAUGAAGAUAAAUCGAGUAAAAAAAAGGAAGAAAGAAAGAAAGAAAAAAAGAAAUCAAACUAAUUAUUCUACAAAUGAAAAAAUAUCGAAAAGAAAGAGGAUAAUUUAGAAGAAGUUACAUAUCUCGAGGAUCUAAAGCUAAGGAAGAAACUACAUAGUUAUUUCCCGAUCAAAGGAGAGUCCAAGUAGGUCUCCCCCUUCCUUACGAAGGAAACCUGGGAGAACCACCUGUAGGCUGAACGAGAGGUGUUGUGUUUUCACCUGGCAGUCGAAGCUGCGAUCGCGAGCGAGCAAGGGGGAACCAAUAUUCGUCUUGCUCUCCUUUUUAGAUCUUCUGUUAGGUUCAACCGUUCGAUACUUCAAAUAUUCUCAAUGAAUACAUUUUCGAGAAAGAUUAGAUAAAAUCAAUUUGAAAAUAUCAUCGCGAGUGAAUAUAAUUAACACUAUUAAAUAUGUGAUUUUAUUAAUACGACCAUAUUAUUUCAAUUGUUAAGUGUUUCGGACAAUUUUCUUGAAAAGGAAUAGUGUGUGUCUUUUAAAAGGAUUCACAACAUGGACACUGUCCUUGAAAAAAUGGGCAAGCUCAAUCUGAGGAUUCCGAGCUGUCCUAUAAAGAGUCCACAACCACUAAAGGAAUUUGUCGGCCGCUGUCAAACGAUGCCAUCGAGAGUGAAGAAGUCUUUUUGCGGUUGCCUCCAAGAUGACGAGCCACCGGAAAUCACGUACUGCGUGGUGGAACACACUGGUACGCUCACGCUUCAAGCAAUGACACCGACUUUGCCUAUGCCAGCCGAAGAAGAACUGAACAAGAUGUUCCUUGAAUUGGUCGAUGAGCUCGAUUUGACUCAAGCUAAUCGACAAGCGGUUUUGGCACUUCCGGCUAAUAAAAAAUGGCAAAUAUAUUGUUCAAGAAAGGGAAAUGGAACGCUUGAAAAUGGGGGCUUGAGAACUACUGAUCUUAGCGGUGAUCCUGACGAUUACAUCGACAGGAUCAGGGCCAUUGCCAGUAGUCAAUUUCCAGAGGAAGAAGAGGAAGCAGCGAUACGAAUGCGCCAAGUGGAAGCUCUGAAAACAGCUCUGAGAACACAACCGCACAGUUUCGUCCUAAGGUUCAUCGAACUGGAUGGUUUGAACGCUUUACUACAAGUUUUAGAAAGAAUGGACGUGGAGGCAGCCAAUAGCAAUCUUCACACAAGCCUGAUAGGUUGUUUAAAAGCUUUGAUGAACAAUUCGAAUGGCAGAGCACACGUACUGGCACAUCCCACAGCGAUCAAUACCAUAUCUCAAUCACUUGCAACAGAAAACAUAAAAACCAAAAUUUCAGUAUUGGAGAUACUUGGUGCAGUAUGUUUGGUACCCGGUGGUCAUCGUAAAGUUUUACAAGCUAUGUUACAUUUUCAACAAUAUCAUUCCGAGAGAACGCGUUUCCAAAGUAUAAUCAAUGAUCUGGAUAAAAAUUUUGGUAUCUACAAGGACAAUCUCUCUUUAAAAACAGCAAUAAUGUCAUUCAUCAACGCCGUACUUAAUUAUGGUCCUGGUCAAGUAACUUUGGAGUUUAGGCUCCAUUUAAGAUACGAAUUACUCAUGCUCGGCAUUCAGCCGAUUAUUGAGAAAUUAAGAAAAUAUGAAAACGAGACGCUCGAUAGGCAUUUAGAUUUUUUUGAAAUGGUUAGAAACGAGGAUGAGAAGGAAUUGGCUAGGAAGUUUGAGAAAGAACAUGUCGAUACUAAGAGCGCAACAGCCAUGUUUGAUCUGUUAAGGCGAAAACUCAGUCAUACGGCAGCUUAUCCUCAUCUUCUUAAUUUGUUACAACAUUGUCUCUUAUUGCCGCUCGAUUAUGGCUCGCAUCCCCAACAUUGGUUACUUUUCGAUCGAAUCGUUCAACAAAUCGUCCUCCAGGCAGAAGCAAACGAAUCAGGAACACCAAAAAAUCCUGACGUAGCUCCAAUCGAUAUCAACGUCAAAGAAAUCGUUCAUCUGUUGGCUAAAGAAGAGGAAUUAGUUGCUGCCAGAAAGAAAGCUGAAGAAUUGGAACGUGAAAAUUCUGAUAUGUCAACGAGAUUGGCUAAGAAAGAACAAGAACUUGAUUUACGAACGCAAGAAAAGGAAGAUAUGGAGGCAAGUUUAGCAAGAAUCAAGGAACGUUUAGAAAAAGAAACUUCGAUGCAUAUAGAAACGAAACAGAGGAUAUCAGAGUUACAGGAUAAUCUUGAAACUCUAUCUCGUCAAAUUAAUAACGAAAAAUCGGAGAGGAAACGUUUAGAACAGUUGGUAGCAUCAGGAAGUUUGCCGGACGAUGCCAAAGCUACUUUAAAGAUCGUAGAUGAUGAAGUUCUGGAAAAAGUCGAAGCCAAACCAAUGCCACCUCCGCCACCUCCUCCACCUUUGGCUCCACCUCCUCCACCUUGUUUAAUGCCAGCUGCUCCAGCUCCUAUGAAGGUUGAGAUAGUGAAAAAUGUUCCUCAACCGAGCAAUCCGCUAAAAUCCUUCAAUUGGUCCAAGAUACCAGAACAAAAACUCCAAGGUACGAUUUGGUCCGAGCUAGACGAUACGAAAUUAUACAACGUCAUGGAUCUAGAAUCGAUUGACAAGAUCUUUUGUGCCUAUCAGAAGAAUGGCGUAUCCGCUGAAGGUUCUAUCGAAGAUCUACGUACCUUAGGAAAAAAUAAGAAAACUAUGUCGGUAAUUGACUCGAGAAGAGCACAAAAUUGUACAAUAUUAUUGUCGAAACUUAAAAUGUCCGACAAUGAGAUUACUAGGACGAUAUUGUCGAUGGAUCAACAGAACAUAUUACACAUUGACAUGGUCGAACAAUUGUUAAAAUACAUUCCAUCGUCUGAAGAAGCUGCUCUAUUAGAUAUGCAUCAAAAGGAAUUACAAAAUAGAGCUGAUUGUUUUCUCUAUCAAAUUUCUAAAGUUCCUCACUACGAACAAAGACUGAGAUCGUUGCAUUACAAAAAGAAAUUUUCAGCUAGUAUAGCAGAAUUAACUCCAAGGAUGCGAGCGGUUCUUGAAGCUAGUCGUCAAGUUGCGAGAUCUAGAAGACUGAGGAAACUGUUAGAACUGGUUUUAGCUCUUGGGAAUUAUGUAAAUCGCGGAAACGCUCGCGGUAAUGCUUGUGGCUUCCGAUUAGCUUCUUUGAAUCGUCUAGUCGAUACGAAAUCUUCUUGCUCAAAAGGCACCACUCUUCUCCAUUAUCUCGUACAAAUCCUUGAAUCGAGAUUCCGUGAAGUUUUAGACAUUGAAGAAGAUAUGCCACAUGUUAGAACAGCUGCUAGAGUUAGUAUGGCUGAUCUUCAAAAAGAAGUAGCCAACUUAAAGAAUGGAUUGCAAGACGUUCAAAGAGAAAUCGAAUUUCAUCGUGGUCAAUCACAGGUAUUGCAAGGUGACAUGUUCUUACCAGCUAUGAGAGACUUCCAGGCACAAGCCACGUGUAGAUUAGCUGAAGCUGAGGAUUUGUUCCAAGAUAUGAAAACCAGAUUCGAUCGAGCUGUGAGACUAUUCGGGGAAGAUUCGGCAGGUGUACAACCAAACGAAUUCUUUGGUAUAUUCGAAAAUUUCCUUCAAGCACUUGCUGAAGCUAGACAAGAUGUUGAAAACAUGAGAAAGAAGAUAGAAGAAGAAGAACGUCGAGCUAAACAGGAACAAGAGCUACGAAAAAGGACAAUGGAAAGAAAGAAUUCUCGCGAAGGAAUAUUGAAUAGUAUAUCGUUAAGUAAAAAGAACGAAGCUAAUGGUAAUCAAGGAGACAACAAAGGUGAAUUCGACGAUCUAAUUUCUGCGCUUCGUACCGGAGAUGUUUUUGGCGAAGACAUAGCCAAAUUUAAAAGAUCUAAACGUAGACCGGUAACACCGUGUGGUCAAGAAUCACGUAGACACAGCGCUCAUAGAGAAGAUUCACGAGAAAGACAUUAGGCUAUUAGCAUAUAAUUUAUUUCUAUUAAAUAAUAACAAAGAAGCAUGAGAGAUGAAAAGAAAAGUUCAUCGAAAUAGAACUUUUCAACUCAUUUAAAAACAUUGCAAACUCGAAUUUUAAUGAGAUUCCUAAUGAUUAAUAACAAUCUCUUAACUCGUGAUUAUAAUUUUUCAAAUGACGAGUCUUUAUACAAAUUGUAUUUCACGAUCGAUGGUACUACGUUGUUGAUCGUUUCCUAAAAUAAUUCACAGACUGCGUAGAUAGAUUUUAUUCGCUUUUUCAAGUCAAAGAGAAAAAGAUAGAGAUGCUAAUAAAGAACCAAGAUUAUAACAUAGAUCUUUUGAGAAGAAUCGAAUUUUUUGUUUGUACAUAAAUCAUACCAGCUUUCAUGUUUGUUUAAAAAAGAAACAAACUAUUCGGACCAAGAAAAAGUCUUACGAGCUAAUACGGAUCAAAAAAAGUUUACGUCGACAUUGAUAUUAAUCAAAACGCGAAUUGAUAUACAUAUUUGUAAUCAUUUUCGUUAACAACCAACGUUUCAACAUGAAAAAUAUUAACAAAAUAGGGGCCUACAAUGACAUUUGUUGUGUCAAGUAAUUCACAAGUCUGAAUUUUCUAUCGUUCAAUUAGAAAGAAAAAAAACACUGAUUGUGAGAAUUUUUCACUGUCAAAUGUUUAUGACAUAGUUCGACGUUUAGAAACGAA